AUGCUGCAGCUCGCCUUGCUUCGGUCGGCGCGGCGUCUGCCCCUAGCGAGAGACGCCGCUCAGGCAAGGGCAAGGGGGGCAAGGGCGCUGGAGGAGCUGGCGGGGGCGGUGGAGGCGGCGGUGGAGGCGGCGGAGGGGGUGGGGGUGGCGGUGGGAGUGGUGGCGGGAGUGGGGGCACUAGUGACGGCAGUGGAGGCGCAGGAGGCGGCGGUGGUGGCGGUGCGAGCGGAGGUGGUGGAGGUGGAGGCAGUGGUGGAGGUAGCGGCGGCGGAGGUGGAGCUGGUCGGGGCGGCUCUUCGCAGAGGGUCGGCUCUGGUGGUGGUCAACGCCAGCAGCAGCAGCAGCAGCAGCGCAGUCGUGAGACCCCUUCCCCCCAGCAGCUUCGUGAGUGGCAACCGCACGGGUGAGUAG